AUCUUCGGGAUUUCUGAAAAUCAAUAAUAAAGCCAAGACAAGGAUAUUCAAACGCUCUCAAUUGGGAUCUGUUCUUCCUUGUUCAUCCAUGGCGGCACUUUCUGUUCCUACCCACAUGAAGGCUUGGGUGUACCAUGAAUUCGGCAACACUGCCGAUGUUCUUAAACUGGAUACCAAUUACCCUGUUCCUGAAAUCAACGAAAAUCAGGUGCUCGUCAAGGUUGUUGCUGCAUCUUUGAACCCCAUUGAUUACAAGAGAAUUCAUGGCGCUUUGAAAGCUUUGAACUACUUGCCUCCGUCAAUUCCUGGCUAUGAUGUUGCGGGUGUGGUGGUGAAGGUGGGAAGUGAGGUGAAAAAAUUCAAGGUAGGAGAUGAAGUUUAUGGAGAUAUAAACCAUAAAGCACUGGAUAAGCCUAAAAACGUUGGCACUUUGGCUGAAUACACAGCCACAGAAGACAAAGUUUUGGCUCUAAAACCAAAGAAUCUGAGUUUCUUAGAGGCUGCUAGCCUUCCCCUUGCCAUGGAAACUGCCUAUGAAGGUCUUGAACGAGCUGGGUUAUCCGCUGGUAAAUCGAUUAUUGUUUUGGGAGGUGCUGGCGGAGUCGGUGCCCAUGUUAUACAGCUUGCAAAGAAUGUGUUUGGAGCAUCAAAAAUAGCUGCUACUGCAAGCACAUCAAAACAGGACUUAUUGAGAAGCUUGGGAGCUGAUCAACCUAUUGAUUACACAAAGGAAAGCUUUGAAGACCUUCCUGAGAAAUUCGACGUCGUCUACGACGCAGUCGGCCAGGCUGAUAAAGCCAUUAAGGCAAUGAAAGAAGGCGGGCAUCUUGUGAGUAUAGCCGCACCCGUUGCAGGUUUCCCAGAUGCAUUCUUCCUUCUCACAUCAGAUGCUGUCAUGUUGGAGAAACUAAAUCCAUACCUGGAAAGUGGGAAGGUGAAACCAAUCAUCGACCCCAAAUCUCCGUUCCCAUUCUCCGACACUCUCAAGGCGUUCGCAUAUCUCGAAACCUCCAGAGCUACUGGGAAAAUUGUGGUUUAUCCCAUCCCUUAGAGGCAAGUUUUUUACAUAAGUAGCUUUGUGUGUUAUGUUCUGGAGAAUCCUUGAUGUGUUUGUUUGUUUGUUUGUCCACUGCAUCUGCUAAGAUAUAAUGUACAUUUUUGUGGAAUUGCUGCUUUGAAGAUGGAAAUAAGUAUCUUUUGUCAUUUGUUCAAAAGAACAGGACACCAUAGUUUUAAGCAAGGAUGAAAGUGUUGAUCUAGUAUGCACUAUUUUGUUAA